CAAUACUACUAGCACUAUGGCAAUGAUGGGACCCAGACCCGGUCCGGGCCAAGUAAUGGUUUUGAGUGAGUACCUUCAGCCGCAAAUCUGCCGAGAACGAAACAUCAGUGGCAUGCACAACGCUUGCUGUUACGAAGUUUUUCGCCAUGGCCAUUGUCGUUUUGUUGCCAUUGUUUCUGGAUAUGCGACUAUGCGCAGAUGUUUGCAGAUUUUUUACAAACACAAUACCGUGGAGAGAGUACUGGAUUUUUCCACCGAUCCCUCACCCGACUUUCCCAUCGCUUGCAUCCAACGAAUCCAUCAUCCGCAAAUAAAUCAUGUCCUUGCUCUACCCUUACCUUGGCAACAAUUAAUCGAAUCGAUUUCAAUCAACACAACGCAAUGAUAACGCAACCGCAACUCUGGCAAUGACAAUGACUGCCGAAAACCAUGGAUCAAAAAAUAUGACAACGACGAUACGUUAUUGUUCCAACCAAUUCACGUAACAAUGAAUCAAACUUGAUGACGACGAAACAAUCCACCCAACAACUUACAAUCGUGCACACAAACUUUGUGCCGUGUUCGUGGAAAUUAAUUUUGCGCAAACGCAUCAACAAUGGACUGUCAAAUCCAUCCAUCCGUGAAUCGUACUAUCCUUGUUUCGAUGUUUCUCCUUUCCAAUAGACGCCAAAACCCAGCGUCAGACCGGCCGCGAAGCCCAGCUAGGAAACAUCCGCGCUGCCAAAUCGGUCGCCAACAUUAUCCGGACGACCCUCGGUCCCCAGUCGAUGCUCAAGAUGCUAUUGGAUCCCAUGGGAGGGAUCGUUAUGACCAACGACGGGAAUUGUAUACUGCGGGAGGUCGAUGUCAGCCAUCCGACCGCCAAAUCGAUGAUCGAGCUGAGCCGGGCCCAGGACGAAGAAGUCGGGGACGGAACCACCUCCGUCAUUGUYCUGAGCGCCCAGGUAUUGGCGGCGGCGGAACCCUUUUUGAUGAGCAGGUACCACCCGACCGUCAUUUGCCAGGCCUACACCAAGGCGCUGUCCUACGCCCUGGAGGUCUGCGACGAYCUGGCCACCACGAUCGACGUCCAAAAGGACAAGGAAUGGAUCUCGAAGCUUGUAUUGAGCAGCAUCGGGACCAAGUUCUCCUCCCGAUGGAACGACCAGCUGGUCGACAUGGCCAUUCAGGCCGUCACCACGGUCGUCCAGGAGACGCCCGGCGGAAAACCCACGGUGGAUCUGAAGCGAUACGCCAAGGUCGAAAAGAUCCCCGGCGGCCAGCUGGAGGAUGCCUGCGUCCUCAAGGGCAUCAUGAUCCAAAAGGACACGACCCACUCCAAGAUGCGCCGCAAAAUCGAGAACCCUCGCAUUCUGUUGCUCGAUAGCCCCCUGGAAUACAAGAAGGGCGAAUCCCAGACCAACGUCGAGAUCACGGACGACCAGGACUGGAACGCGAUGCUUCGCCUGGAGGAAGAGUAUGUGGAGAACAUGUGCAAGGAAAUCAUCGCCGCGAAACCCGAUGUGGUCUGCACGGAGAAGGGUGUCUCGGAUCUGGCCCAGCACUAUCUGCAAAAGGCGGGCAUCACCGCCUUUCGUCGACUCCGAAAGACCGACAACAACCGCGUGGCCAGGGCCACGGGUGCCACCAUUGUAUCCCGGACGGAUGAAAUCCAGGAAUCGGACAUUGGAACCAAGUGUGGCCUCUUCGAAAUGCGCAAGGUCGGCGACGAUUGGUUCUGCUAUUUCGACGAGUGCAAGGACCCCAAGUCCUGCACGAUCGUCUUGCGGGGCGGGUCCAAGGACGUCCUCAACGAAAUCGAGCGCAAUCUCCAGGACGCCAUGCAGGUGGUCCGGAACGUGGUGUACGACCCCAAGCUCCUCCCGGGGGGAGGUGCGACGGAGAUGGCCCUCGCGGUGGCCAUCCGCCAAAAGGGACAGUCCCUGGGGGGCAUCGGCACACAGCAGGCUCCCUUUCUGGCAGUCGGAGAAGCCCUCGAGGUCAUUCCCCGCACCCUGGCGCAAAACUGUGGGGUGUCCGUUAUACGGACCGUGACGGCGCUGCGCCAGAAGCACGCCUCCGCCCUGGAAAGCGGUGACAAGAAGUGCGCGGUCGGUGUGAACGGAAUCACGGGCGAGCUAGCGGACAUGCACGAGCUGGGGAUCUGGGAACCCUAUUCGGUCAAGGUCCAAACGAUCAAGUCAUCGAUCGAAAACGCCUGCAUGAUUUUGAGGAUUGACGACAUUGUGUCGGGAUCCAAAAAGAAGGGAUAUUAGCCACCCAAUCUGCAGAACAGAUACAAUCCACUUCAGCCGUUGACGUUGACAAUU